AUGUCCAGCAAUGACGACACAGGUCAAAGUCAAAGACAAGCCACUAGCACUACACCAUACAUCGCCAUCUCUCCGCGAGACGCAUUUAGUGCAUACAAUCCAUCUAUACGGAUGAAUCAUGGCCAAAUUAAUUCUUCGUUCCCUGCGAAUAGUAUACCCGGGCACACUGGGAAUGCAGAUGCAUCAUAUGCACCACUGGCACGCCAUUCGGGGGAGGUAUUCAAUGGUGGUCCUCACCGGCCCAUAGAGGCACCUUGCUACGAUGUGAGGUACAAACGAUUCUCCAGUAUCGAGAACUUCGUGCCUAUACAUCCACGGGCACCUUCUACGGCGUCGAAUUUUCUCGGACAUGCACAUCCGCAUACACCAGUACAUCCCACACACACACCUGCGCAUGCCCAGCCCACACACGCGCAAGCAUCUAGCCACCAUGCAGUACGCCAGCAUCAGAUGUUCCGAUCAGCGUCGUACUCGGCAUCAUCGAGCACACAGCUCCCACACGAACAGAUACACACACAUACACAUGCACAAGCACUACAGAUAAAGACCGAGCCCAAGGCACAUUCACAGAUGAAUCUGGGGUAUGGACCAGGCUCAGGCAGUUUGAACAUGCCUUAUUAUCAGCACAAUCGCAGUGUUAUACCGAUCACCACUAUAAAUGGCCAUCACCCCCACCCCUCGUCUACACCUGGUAGAGGUACACGGCGCACCCGCACAUUCUCCAUGAGUUCAAGUAUGCCUUUAAGACAGGUGGAGGGGCAUUUUCUGAUGUCACCGGGGUCUGUAGAUGGACCUUUUCUAGUUUCACCAGGAGGGCACCGGCAAUUACAGCCGGAAAUACUCAACAGAAAGGCAUCAUUGUGUCCCAAGAUGCCUCGGAAACGUAGAUCAUUCUCUGAGUUGGUACGUAAUCACAAGUGCCACUACAACUACUGUGACCGUGUGUAUGCCUCGUCCCUGGCUCUGGUGCAGCAUUUGAAGAUCAAGCACAACGAUUACACGAUGUUACGCACCAGUAUUGCGCGCAACGCCUCCAAGAACAAACAGAAAGGGAAUCUCAACACCAAACCCAACGACGCAAAUCAGAUGACGACGAGUUCGGCAAAUGAUAGCCUAGUCCGUACCACUAAUAGUAACUCCGAGCCGGAGUUCCAAAACCGGUGCAUGUCCAGCGAUAGUCUGGGCCAGAGUGUCCCGGAAAAGUUGCAGAUCGAGCGCUCAAGCUCCGUAGGCGCAUCUAGCAUGUCGAUGGCGGGCUACAAUGAUAAUCGUAGCAUCUCCUUAAGUUCGGUCGCGUCGCUAUUCGAAGACAUGGAAGUUCUGGAUGAAAGCAGAAGCACCAAAACCCCGAAGCAGAGCCUAGACACACUCGACGAGUAUACACCGCAAGAGACUGAUAACCGGCAGUACAAUACUGAUGUGCAAACCCAAAUUAACAGCAACACGUUCGAUUUAAAUUCCGGUGCGAAUAAUACCACAGCAGAAGAAGAUCGGCAGCAAACUCGAGAUGGGCCGCAGAAUAAUAUAGCAUCGCGCCAGGGGUAUCUGUAUGUCGCUCCGCGAGCUACCCUACCUGUCCCGAUUUCGCCUGCGUCUGCACGAAUGGACUCCGAGAAUCUGCAUCAGUCUCCUGAGGGAGCUCAUGCGGCUAUUCAGGUACAUGAAUCCGACAACAAUGAUGUACACAGUGCAAAGAAGUUUCGUUCGACACCACCUAUUCAGAUCCCGGGCAAGGCUCACUCGAGUGCGGAACACUGCGGAACCGUUCACGGUACAUACGAUAUCCAGGCAAGUGAGGGACAUUUCAACUCCACUUCGUCAUUCGGUAUGAGACCUAAUGAAGACGGGAACGACGACGUGGUGACCCAAAUGGCAUCUUACCCUGCCAAUAUACUCCAUAACGAGGCUUCAAAUAGCUCUACAGACUAUGCCCGUUUUUCGUAUGCAAGCGAUAGUGUGGACAGUUUGCAGUCCUUCAACGACAUCUCGUCACAAACACAUCCACAUCCACAACCGACGUCUACACCAAUAGAACCAGUGUCCACAACACCAGCGAGUGCAGCUGCGAACACCAACUUCUACCACUACGGCAGCCAGCCAUCAUCCACCGGAGCUGGGUUCAACCCAGAUGAGACUCCGGAGGACCCAAAACGAGGCAACCAAACGUUCUCGUUCUCGGACAGUUCAGCAAUGAAUUUGCACCGGUCAGCUUCUGCUAUAGCCGGGGGUUCGUUAGACAUGUCCCAUAGCGGCCAUAACCUGCAGACCUUGGCCCGACACAACACCGACGGAUCACUGCCCAGUUCGCAAUAUGCGCUGUUCGGCUCUUUGGAUGUGAACCAUGGAGACAUUGAUCAAGGAGUUGCCACCGCCCACAAUCACGGCAGCUCUGUAGGCAAACUCUGGAACGGUUCCAGGAUGAUGAGCGAUCAUGAUCACCAGACACGCGUAGCACGGGGUCAGAUGGCAACUGUGAGUGAGAUGGAUCUUUCGGCAAUGUCGGACGGCUUGCCACACUUGGAGUUCCUGAGUAAGGGGCUUGAGGCGGAUGUAGAUGUAGAUGUGGAUAUAGACGUGAACGUAUCGCACGAUAUGGAGAACUUUGACUUCACGCAUGAUAUCUCCUCACACAGCUCAGCUCCGGCCUCGGCAAGCAUCGUGAAAGACUCGGAUACGAACGAUAUGAACAACGAGGGCCGAAGCCAAGACUCACUCCUUGGCAACAACAACUGCUCCACCCCACAACCGAUCGAACACCUGGCAGUAGACACCUCUAUGGAGCCACUCGGGCAACAGCAGCAGGAAUUGUUUGAUGCAGUGACCAACCAGUCGCUUCCCUUCACAUACUCGGGGCUGAAGUAUUCCACAUCGUUUGCCCAGACCCCCCGUGGUGCGGGGAGUGUCGGCGGGCCUGCAGUACCCGGUGAUGCUCAGUCAGACCACGGAGAAGGACAUGGCGAUACGGUGGGCAGUGUUGAUCACUCUGAAAUCCAACAUCAACCAGAAUCUGGAGAGGAUGUGUAUCAAAUGACUGAGAAAGCGGAUAUAGGUUUAAAGUCGCAAGGAAUGAUGGGUCUUCUGAGCAAUCUCAAUUUCCCUGAAGAUGUCCACAGUAAAAAUCAUCGGCUUGUGUCGACCGAUUCUUUGCCCGAGUCAGGAAGGCUGCUCCAAAAUCCGAAGGGAUUGGCAACACUUCCGCACUUUGACGCCCACGCGUACAGAUCACCAGCCAUUGAGUGCGACAAUUCUGAGUCCGUGGAUGUGACCAUGUCGAAUGCAGACGAGAACUCGACGUUCGCUAACUACAUUCACAAUCACCAACCAGCAUGAACAUAUUUGUUUGUUCUAACCUUUAUGUUUGUUUUGGCCUCAUGUGUCGUUGUCACUGAAG